AUGGCUUCAUGGAAAUUGGUUCUCGAGCCAGCCAACGAGGGCAAAAUCAAAUAUACCUCAUUCGCCAAUGCCAGAAAGUAUUUCGCUAUCGAUGCUUCAGGAUCUACAAAUGGCAUUCGAUUCAUUUCGGAACGUAAUUUCGCAGAUGGGAUUCACGAAACCUCUGUACGAAAAGAUGAAGAUAGAGUCACGAGAUGGGGUUGCAACUGUGAAGACCCAACGAAUUGGGAGCAAUGUUUCUGGGCUCCUGACCAGGGUGGAACGCAGCCACAACACAUAUUGAGGAACCAGAAGUCGAUUCAAGCGAUUCGUAAUUCUGAUAUUUGGUUCUUACUUACAGAUGGAGAGGUCCCUAAUUCUGAGGUGCACACGCUAGCGGGGUUGGGACAAGAACUGGGAGUGUUUGAUUGCGCGACAGUGUUUUUGAUUACUUCAAAUACAAGGAAUGCACCAAAUCAUGCCAAUGUGUCUGUGGGUAUCACAUCCUACGCAAAUUGUGCGAAUGCACUAUGCCUAUUCAAAGAUUAUAAAAGCAAUCGAAUUUAUGUAAUAGGCAGCAAAGGCGCUUUUGCAGCAUUAGAUCAAGCAGAAGAUUACGAUACGUGGGAGAAAUUGACCAGUUUUCCUAGCGAAGCAGCGCUGAUUCAGAAAAUCACCGAGUUGGAGAUUCAUGUCCCAACAGCCGAAACGAGAAUUGCAACACCAACUCAGCUCAAUUUGGGCGAAGAAUGGAACGCCGCUCACAAUAAUUCCCAACCUACCUUGGUAGAUAUUGACAUGCUUCUUCGAGCGGGAUUCAUCUCGGAUGAAGAUCGUGAUCUACUCUUUUCAGACGAAGCACUCGAUGCUCUGCUUCUAGCUUGCAAGUCUCGCGGAAAGCUGAAUGAGCUUAGAUCAUUCCUUCUCGCCCAAAAGGUCGAACAAUUGACCGUCAAACUCGAAGACGUAUCUGGUGCUGCGGGUCUCAUUCAUCUUCUUGCUGAUCAAGAAAUAUCUAGCGAGACUAGAACCCUCCUGCAAUCCAAGCUAAGAGACUCCCAUGAGGCAAACCGUAAAGCUUAUACCGCAGCUCAAAAUAAUGUACAACUUAAAGCUAUUCGGGAUCGCAAUCGAAGAGUGGAUGUAGCGUUGCGUGCUCUGUCUGAUUCAGAGAAGUCUUGGUUUACAGCAGAAAUUCUCUCGAGAAGGUCAAACCGAGCACGACGCGCUGAAGAAAUUUCCGCAGACUCUGCAGUGGAUGUUUCGGUACUAGAUCUUGAAGCCCCAGGCUUUAGAGGUGAAUGCCAGAUUUGCUGCGGGGACAAUGAAGUUCUGUCUAUUGCUCUCAAAGUACUGAGCGCAGAUGCUAUGGCAGCUAACACCGAUAACUUUGCUCUUGACUUCCCAUUGGCAGCCGGGAGAUUCGAAGCAAACAUGAAUAUACUGUCUAGUCAGUGUAUUUGUUUCCAAUGUGCAUUAUUUGGAAGACCCGGUCAUUCUAUCUACGGAGAAGAAAUCGCUGCUAUUAUUCCCACUCUAGAGUACACUAGUAGCAAUAAAUGGUAUAUUCACCAGCAGUUGUACAGAGCGCUCAAUGCGGGGCUCAAAACUGGCGUUCCAGCUAUGGGACAAUUGUUUGCGACAAUUUUGGAUCGUACGUUAAGGGCCAAGAAGUGGGCUGGUGCCGGCUUUGAGGAUGAGAAAGGAAGUAUAGAUACAGAAGUCCUACAGAGAAGAGAUGCAAUAACUUGGCUCCUGAAUAAUACAAUCUCACGUCUCCGCGUGAGGGAAACAUUCAACGAACUGGGUCAAUGGACCACCUACCCGCUCGCUCUUACUUGGACGGCACAAGAUUUUCAAAAAGAAGGCUUGACAUCUUGGUGCAUCAAUUAUCCCGUCGCAGGUUUUAUGCAACUGCUACGAUUCGGAAAAAUGCUGAAUGUAUUCUCGGACGAAAUUAUCACCGAUAUGAAGAAUACCAAAUUCCUGCAUUCAUUCGUCUCAACCUUCUUUGCACGGCUUUACAAAAACAUGGGUAAAUCUCGCCACUGGACAAAACCUCUGUUGGAAAUCCUUUACGUGGAAUUCAAUGACGAUCUAAUUCCAAAAGAUCUGGGAGGUGAUGCAUCGAUAUUAAGAUCAGUAUCGGCAUUCUGGAAUACAAUGAUGACUUUCAUGCCUGCAGAAGAUUUUCUCAAUGGCUGGACAGAGGAAGAAUUAAGAAAGAUGAUGUCUCGAAUACAAAUUCUCGCUUUCUGGCUAGUAUUUCACCAAACGGCACAUACAUCCGCCAAAACCUAUUUCGCACAAUUGCGCUCCAAGGAACCUUUAGCUGUUGUUUUGCUGGACACAAAGGCCAGGGUUCCUGAAAAUGCUGUUAGUGAAAUACUGCUGGGUAUAUUCAUCGAAUCUAAGCCAGAAUUCAAGAAUAGAGAUGCGUAUACCAGCCACAAAGAUGUUGUGGUCCCUUUUGAGAAUCCGUUUGGUGCGUCGGCAAUGCACUGCGGAGCUCCAGAUUGCGGGGUUUCUUUCCUACCAGAAGAAGUCUCCUUAAAGCAAAUUGCAAACGGGGAAAUAGAAUGGAUACCGCGACUACUGGAUCAAGUAAGGAAGAAGAGAAGAGAUCAUCUAAUCGAUAUUUUCGGAGUUCUUGGAAACCAGGAGAAAGAAAUAAGUGAAACAGGAUUACCAGGUGUAACGAAGAUCCCAUCAAGGCCAAAUGAAAUCCACAGCUGCAUGCACAUAGGCAUCGUCAAAACAUGGGCUACACUGACGCGCAAGGAGAAAAGAAAUUUGACAGGUGCCAUUCAAUCUUCGCUGACAGGUGAUUGUGAUGGAGAGGAUUAUAGAUUAAUCAAGGAGUUUGUAAUUAAAGCGAAGAAAUGCAUUUGUGGGGUUGGGAGGGGCAAUAUUUAUUCGGCAACACUGGAGAGAGAUGUCAGGGCUGUGUUGCCUAGCUUCCUGGAGGUUCUGAAGGCGGGGUUAGCGAUCGAGAAGGAAGAGGGGAUGUGCGAGGAUGUGAGUUUGUAUGAGUUUGAUUUUGAAGAGAAUAGAGUGGCAGGAAAAAUUCGGUGGGAGGUGGAAUCUCUGAGAAGGAAGGGGCUUGUUUAA